UACUUAUUGUUCUAUAUUGUUUUGUGUUUCAUCUUUUUGCGGUUUUAGUUUCCAAUGGUGGAGAUGCCUUAGUAACGUGUCUUCUGAAAUUUCAGACAUUGACAGGCUUACAUAUUCAGUACUGCCACAGGAUUCAGGUGUUGGAGAAGGGAGUUGGGCAGGGCUCUGUUUCAGUCCAACCCAAUGGUCAAUUGCAGCUGUAGCACGUAGCUUUUGCAAAAGCAUUGAUGUUUAUGACCAAGAUAUCCACCUGCAAACUUUACGUACACUCUGGUAUCCAACAUCAUUGAGCUUCUUACAAAAUUUAAGUCAUGGGGAUGAAAGUUCAAUUUUAGCCAUCACUGAGGGCUGCCAGCUGAGUAUAUGGGAUUUGAGAAUGAAAGAAAAUGGUGGCUGCCUACAUCGAAUUUGUGGUUCUCUUGGUGAUAAUUUCUAUGCUGUCUGCAGUUCCUCUACUGGUAAUAUCGCAGUGGGAGGAGCUGAUCGUUCUGUGACCAUAUAUGAUCCUCGCAGAUGGGCUACUCUUUCAAGAUGGGUGCAUUGUUCAAAAUAUGAGAUAACUGGACUUGCAUUCUCAUCAAUGGACCCUAAUUACAUCUAUAUUCAAGGCAUUGACUAUGAGGUAUUUUGUGGACAGUGGAGAGAAUGUGAUAAAGCUUUUUCAUUUAGAGGAGACUCAAACUGGCUUGGGUUCAGUAAGUGCACAAACAGGGAUAUACUGGGAGGAUGGUGUGAUUCUGGCAGUGUAUUCCUGACUGAUGUUGGAGCGAAAUAAACAACCUGAGUAAUUUUGCGGAUGGAUAUUCCAAGUGGUUAUCCUUAACAAAAUGAGUAUGCCGGAGUUUCAGCUGCAAAGGGUCUGAGCUCUAAAUUCACACUAUCCAUUUUGUAAGUUACUCGAGUAUAGAUGAUCCCUGCUGUUUACUUAUGAGAUAUUGUUCAAGAGUUUAUCCAAGAAAGAUCUCGGAUCGAUUUGAAUAAUGUUUUUAUUAACUUGACUGAGGCCUAUGGCUGCUUAGAAAAUUGUUACGUUUAUUUGAAAUAUGAUAGUAAAAUUUUUAUUAUUUUUAAUUGAAUUGCAAGUUGAUGCA